CGACAUUGAAGAUUUUUGGGCCAGUUUCCAUUGAUACCUCGACUACUGAAUACCGCCACGACUAUUUUGAUAAUGGGCGAGAUUAUAAGCAGCAAUGUGAUCACAUGGGAACGAGCUACAAGGAUAGUUGAGACGAAUCAGCUGGGUGAACUGUACAGAGAUCAGCGCACCACGGACAGGUAUCGUGUCUUCAAGGAGAGCUGCAUUGCCAAUGGCGAGAGUGUCGUCCAGUUCAUAGUGAAACAUAGAUUACAAUGGGUCAGCAACGGGCAGGUUGACGUCCAACCUUCUUCAACACGGCUCUUUGCCAAUGAGAACGAUGUCUGUUUCAUUCCAAACGAGUUCCCUUACAAUUUCUCCAAAGACAUCACACACCUUGUCGUAUGGUCAAAGCUCCGAAUUCCCUGCGAUCCAAACUCCUCGAUUGGAGACGUUUCUCCACGCACAAGAUGUGUCAUUGACAAGUUCAUCCACAGGAAUUUCGUCGAGCAACUGGGUAUGUGUGACGAAGACGUCCUGUGGUUUAGAAACUUCCCGAGUUUACAAAGUGUUGUGGAACUAUCGCAUGUACAUGUUCUGCUGAGAAACUUCCCGGAUGCCUUUUACAGAGCAAUCGUCAACACCUCUGGGGUCGUCCUCGAAGAGAGCGAAGUUGAUGAGAUUAUGAACUCAGAUUAGACUAAACCAUA